GAAUGCUGCUGGAAACAUGUCUCACACAACUUAUUUUUAAAGCACACCAACAAUAAGAGCAGCGCUCCUCCUACUGAUUAGCUGCUUAGCAAAAGAUACAUGAGUAAAAAUGAGAGCGAAUGGCAAGUUUAAUUAAGUAAGUUUUAAAAGAAACAAAGCCCUCAUUCUGUUUUAGAACCAUCAGCUACUGAUUCUUAACUUGGCACAGACUGGUUAGUAUUUUAUAAAUUCUUUGGAUUAAAAUGAUCACAAUUCAUCACAUCGCCUGUUUUGUGCAGUAAGUCCAGCUUACAGUCUGGCAGGUCUUACAGGUGGCUUGUAAGGCACAACCAUGAGUUCUCCUCCAGCCGUGUCUAGCUCUUCUGCCAAGGUGGUGGUGAUUGGUGCCGGAUUAGCGGGUUUAGCCAGCGCAGCCACGCUCAUCCAAGCGGGUUUUGAGCACGUCCAGGUUCUGGAGGCCACAUCCAGGCCCGGGGGCCGGAUCAGCACCACCAGGCCGUUCGGCCCGGACGUGAUAGAGCUGGGGGCAAACUGGAUCCACGGGCAGGAGGGCAACCCAGUCUUCUCCCUGGCUGAGAGACACGGUCUACUGUCCCAGGACAGCACCACCAGGGGCAUGUGCCACCCGGACUCGUUCACUCCCCGUGACUACUUCUUCCGGGAGGAUGGGACCCUGCUUUCUCAUGCAGGGGUGGAACGGGUCUGUGGUCUCUUCAGCAAAAUCACGUCCAGGGCGUUCGACAACAAGCUGGAGGAGAGAUUUCGCUCCAAAAGCUUUGGCCAAUACUUGGAUGAGGCGUUCGCCGACUCCUCCCUGGCCUCCUCCUUUGAGGACGCAGCAAAGGUUUUCGAGUGGUGCAAGAGGAGCGAGUGCACGGACGUGGCCUGCUCCUCCCUGUACGAGGCGUCUGCCCUGGAGCAGAAAGAGUACACCUGCCUGGAGGGAAAUUUCUACAACUGCCUGGGUCCUGGAGGCUACCGAGCCGUGCUCGAUGUCCUCCUGAAAACCCUGCCCCCAGGGGCUCUCCUGUGUGACAGACCAGUGACCUGUAUCCGGUGGGGGCUGGAAACGCAAUCCAAGGGCGCCGGCCCAUUCUGCCCAGUCAAGGUGCUGUGUGAGGAUGGUGAGGAGUUUGAAGCCGACCACGUCGUCGUGACCUCCUCCCUGGGGUUUCUGAAAGAGAGGGCGUCUGCCUUGUUUGAGCCCACCCUGCCUGAGGACAAAAUGCGAGCUAUCGAGAGCCUUGGCUUUGGAACAGUGGACAAAAUCUUUCUACGGUUUGAUGAGCGGUUCUGGCCUGAAGACUGUGCUGGAAUCCAGCUGAUCUGGGAAGAAGGUCCAGAAGAUAAAACCAUCUACUGCAAGCAGUCUGAGGGGGGUGCCUGGAGGGAAUCGUGGUACAAGAAGAUCUGCGGCUUUGACGUUGUGGCGCGUCACCCCACUGUCCUCUGUGGGUGGAUCAGUGGAAGAGAAGCGCAGCACAUGGAGACCCUGCAGGAGCAGGAGGUGGGACAGGUUUGUGUGAGGCUGCUCAGAUCCUUCACAGGUUGGCCGGUCCCUGAGCCAACACAGGUGCUCUUUUCCACAUGGUGGAGUAGCCCCUAUGUGAAGGGGUCCUACACAUUCAUCCCUUGCGGGGUGAAAGGGGUCAGGGAGCACCAGGCCCUGGCAGCACCGCUGCCUAAUAGCACAGUCUGUACUGGAAAAAAGCCUCUCCAGGUGCUGUUUGCGGGCGAGGCCACACACGUGAAUUUCUACACCACGACCCACGGGGCUUUCGUCUCAGGCACUCGAGAAGCUCAAAGGAUCAUUGACCUCUACGCUAAACAGAACUGACAUUAUUUAAAGGUGCAAUGCGUACAUUUUUUGUAAACACUUUUGUUAAACUUUGGUUAAAUUUCCUUCAUAUCCAGGCCGAUAUCAAUAAAUUAAAAUGUGUAAGAAAAAAAUGUUCAGUCUCUCUGACUGCCCCAGUCUCUGAAAUCAGCCACUCUAAAUUUCACCAUGACUGAAUCUUUACAACCAAUGAGGACCGCCCUCUGCCCUGCCUGGCUGUCUGUAGAAACCUGUUGCGCACUCAAAGCCCUGCCACAGCAGGCAGGGUGGGGCUACACAUAUAAGAGCAGAAGAGAGGUGACAUUACUGCAGAGAUAUCCUGUGCUAAAGCUAGACCUCCAAAUGACACAAAACUUUGGUGCUGCUUUGUGCUUUGGCACUACCAUCUUACAUUUGAAGCUUUCAGAAUUAUAUUGUACACUGAAUUUGACAUUGAGACAUACAGAUGAUGAAGACAUUUCAGAUGAAGUCAUUCAGAUGAAACCCAUUAGCUUGUAGCCAUGAAAGCAGCUGAGGUGAUUGUGUGACUGAUGACAAGUCUAGCUACCUUCCAAACGAGGCAAAACUCUGGUGUUGUCAUCUUACGUUAAAAAGCCAAGAUAUCGAUCCGCUAGAACAGGCAAAAAUGAACAUUUUUGACAUGAACGUUGAUUUAUAUGAAAUUGGCCAUAGUGACUUUUGACUGAUUGUAAUAAAACUGGUCACAUGAUAUGGCCUUUCUCCCCAGUGCUGAUGUCAGGCAGCGUGCGUCAGUGUGUUCAGAGGGAGGGGCUUUAGAGAGAGAGCUGAGGGGAAGGGGCGGAACAGUCAGCUGAAAUAUUUUUUUUCAAAAUCUAGCUUUCUCUUGCUUACUUCUCCAAAUGUACAUACUGAACCUUUAAUGUAAUGCUCAUAAAGACUGUGAAAUUAAGUCAACUUUGGAUUUCAAGCACCAAAAUCACUUGUUUCAUGACUUUAAUAAAGGUUAAAAUAUAAGUAUGAUUGCUUAUUAUUAAAAAAACAUUUUUUUUUCUCAAUGUAUAA